AACGCAUACAAGGAAAAAGGGGAGAAGAGGAAGGAAAGAUUGCGGAGGGGGAGAGGGAGAGAAAUAGGACAAGGAGAGAUUAAUCCCUAAUUCCCCAAUUUCAUCUUGAAUCUGAGCGCAUUUCGAGAUUCUUUCCAUCUUGGAUACGAGCAGAGCAGAUUCGGAGGCGCUUCAACGUCUGGGAAAUUGGGUGUGGUGCCAGGCGUUUCCGAGCUGUGGACAAUUCGUAGAUUUCAGUAACUCACGGUUCUUUCUUUUGAUUCCGUUAUGGCGUGUAUCAAGUGGGUGAACAGAUCGGCGUCGGUGGCGCUGGCGCCGGACGCUCCGUAUAUGGCCGCCGGAACGAUGGCCGGCGCGGUGGAUCUGUCCUUUAGCUCGUCCGCCAGCAUCGAGAUUUUCAAGCUCGAUUUUCAAUCUGAUGAUUGUGAUCUCCCUGUGGUCGGCGAGUCGCAGAGCCCCGAGAGAUUUAACCGUCUCGCCUGGGGGAAAAAUGGAUCCAGUUCCGAGCAGUAUGAUCUUGGAUUCAUUGCUGGUGGGCAUGUGGAUGGCAGCAUUGGCAUCUGGAAUCCUUCAGCGUUGAUCCGGGGUGAGCCAAAUGAAGGAGCUUUUGUUGCUAGUCUUGCAAAUCAUAAAGGCCCUGUGCGUGGCCUUGAAUUUAAUUCCUUCACCCCAAAUUUACUUGCAUCGGGUGCUGAUGACGGUGAGGUUUGCAUAUGGGAUUUGGCCUCCCCAGGGGAACCUUCCCAUUUCCCACCUCUCAAGGGUUCGGGCUCUUCUUUGCAAGGUGAAAUUUCUUAUGUAUCUUGGAAUAGCAAGGUCCAGCAUAUAUUAGCAUCUACUUCACAUAAUGGAAACACUGUUGUUUGGGACUUGAAGAAGCAAAAACCAGUUAUAUCUGUCUCGGAUUCAACGAGUAGACGAUGCUCUGUUCUGCAGUGGCACCCUGAUGUUGCCACUCAGCUAUUUGUUGCAUCAGAUGAUGACAGUUCUCCUGCUUUAAGGCUUUGGGAUAUGCGGAACACUCUGAAACCAGUCAACGAGUUGGUUGGUCACACCAAAGGUGUAAUUGCUAUGGCAUGGUGUCCCAGUGACAGCUCCUAUCUGCUUACUUGUGGCAAAGAUAAUCGAACUAUCUGCUGGAACACUGUCACUGGAAAGAUUGUUUGUGAAUUGCCCUCAGGGAACAAUUGGAACUUUGAUGUCCAUUGGUACCCUAAAAUCCCAGGAGUAAUAGCAGCAUCUUCUUUUGAUGGAAAGAUUGGGCUUUACAAUAUUGAGGGAUGUAGCCAUUAUGGGAUCGAAGAGACUGAUUUUGGAGCAGCAGUGCCACUUAGAGCCCCAAAGUGGUAUAAACGGCCCGCGGGAGUUUCCUUUGGCUUUGGAGGAAAGCUUGUGUCAUUUCAUCCCAAGUCCACUUCAGGGGAUUCAGAGGUGCUUUUACACAACCUGGUGACGGAACAAUCUUUAGUGAGUCGGUCAUCUGAAUUUGAAGCUGCAAUCAACAAUGGGGAGAAAUCGUCCUUGAAGUCAUUAUGUGAAAGAAAAUCAAAAGAGUCCGAAUCCGAGGAGGACCAACAGACCUGGGGAUUCCUCAAGGUUAUGUUUGAAGAAGAUGGGACUGCAAGGUCAAAGAUGCUCAACCACCUUGGUUUUAGUUUACCUGUUGAAGAGAAGCCUGCAGUAGUUGAUGAUCUUAGCCAGGAGAUCAGUACACUUCAGCUGGCCGAUGUUGCAACAGACAAAGUGGGGUAUGAGAAAGAGAAAGAGUCUGUCAUGUUUGCUGGAGAUGAUGGCGAAGAUUUCUUCAACAAUCUUCCAAGCCCAAAGGUUGAUACACCUGUUUCAUCGUCUGUGGAGGCCACUUCUCCUCACAAUGCUGAAGAAACCAGACAAGAGCUUGAUGGACUGGAAGAGAAUGCUGACCCAUCAUUUGAUGAUUGUAUUCAGCAUUCUUUGGUUGUGGGAGACUAUAAGGGGGCAGUUGCACAGUGCAUUUCUGCAAAUAAGAGGGAUGAUGCUUUGCUUAUUGCACAUCUUGGUGGACCUACCUUGUGGGAGAAAACACGUGAUCAGUGUCUUAAACUGAACCGGUCACCGUACAUGAAGAUUGUUUCUGCAAUGGUAAACAACGAUCUCUUGAGCCUAGUAAACACAAGGCCUCUGAAAUAUUGGAAAGAAACACUUGCCCUUCUUUGCACAUUUGCCCAAAAUGAGGAAUGGAGUAUGCUGUGUGAUGUGCUUGCUUCCAAACUAAUGUCUGCUGGUAAUACUUUGGCUGCGACUCUUUGUUAUAUAUGUGCGGGGAACAUAGACAAGACGGUUGAAAUUUGGUCACGAAAUUUGUCAUGUGACAGUGAAGGAAAAACCUACGUUGACCUGCUACAGGAUUUGAUGGAGAAGACUAUUGUCUUUGCUCUGGCAAGUGGACAAAAGCGCUUUAGUCCAUCUCUGUGCAAGCUUGUUGAGAAAUAUGCCGAGAUUUUGGCAAGUCAGGGGCUUUUAACGACUGCUAUGGAAUACCUGAAACUCCUGGGAUCUGAUGAUUUGUCUCCUGAACUUGUUGUCUUAAGAGAUCGUAUCUCACUUUCUACAGAGCCUGAAGAACAUGCAGCUGCAGCUUAUGAGAACACACAAUUUCAGAGCGAACGGCCCAGUUUCAGCGCUGCUGACACAUCUCAUUCGUUUUAUCCGGAAACAGCACCAUCACACUUGCAGCAGCAUGGUGUUACUGCUGCCGCAUAUGGAGAAAAUUACCAGCAGACUUCUUAUGGAAGAGGAUAUGGAACUGCAACAUAUCAACCUGCUUCCCAGGGCAGUCCUUACCAGCCUGCUGCACCUUCUCAAAUGUUUGUUCCGUCUCAGGCACCUCAGAUGCCUCAGGCAAAUUUCGCUCCGCCUCCUCCGAGUAGUCAACAAGCUGUUAGGACAUUUGUUCCUUCAAAUGUUCCAAUCGUUAGAAAUGCAGACCAGUACCAGCAGCAGCCAACGUUGGGAUCUCAGUUGUAUCCUGGGGCUUCAAAUCCGGGAUUCCAACCUGUACAGUCUCCUGCUCCUCAAGCCCCAGUUGGAGCUCCUAUGGGAAUGCCAAAUGUUGUGGCCCCAACAUCAACUCCUGUGGGAUUUAGACCUGUAGCAAACUCUGUUCACAGACCGAGCAUCAAUUCAUUGCAACCAUCCACUCCUAGCCAGUCAGCAUCUGUGCAACCAGCUGUGGCACCAGUUGCUCCACCUCCUACUGUACAGACAGUUGAUACUUCAAAAAUUCCUGCGCACCAUAAACCUGUUGCUGCAACAUUGACAAGACUUUUUAAUGAGACAUCGGAAGCUUUGGGUGGUUCACGGGCAAACCCAGCUAAGAAGAGAGAAAUAGAAGAUAAUUCAAAGAAAAUUGGUGCUUUGUUUGCUAAACUCAACAGUGGUGAUAUUUCGAAAAAUGCUUCCGACAAGCUUAUUCAGCUGUGUCAGGCGUUGGACAAAGGUGACUUCAGCACUGCCCUGCAAAUUCAGGUGAUGCUCACAACUAGCGAGUGGGACGAAUGUAACUUCUGGUUAGCGACCCUGAAGCGUAUGAUCAAGACUAGGCAGGGAGCAGGUGUAAGAAGUUAAAAACGAGGACAAAAGGAAAAAGGGAGAGAAACUUAGGGUUUUCAGACUCCGAGUUUAGAUUGCAGUGAUGUGAUGCUUUCUUGGUGUAAGUUGUCCCUUGUGAAGACACACUAGGCAAUUUCCUGGAGUGACUGCAAACUGAAAAUUUUUCGUGUCCCAAGUAUAGACUGGACUUGUUUAGCAAGGGAUAGAAUCAGCACAUUUCAUGAACUUGUUCCUGAUCUUGGGUGGUUUGUCGGUUUUUCCUUGGUAGAAUUGAUAAUAGAUGUCUUUUUUGGUUGGUGUUCUUUUGUUGUUGGUUCUUAUGUUGACGUUUUACAGCCUUUUGAUUCUUGAUUCUUGCGGGUUUGGAAGGAGGAGCGUUUAGGCACAUAUGGUCGGAUAUUGUCAACUGGGUUUGUUGUGGCCAAUGGAUAGAGCAUCUGAAGGUGCCCACCCACCCUGCGCCAGAGCGAUUACACUAGUCGUCUUCUUUAGCCGUAGGAAUGAGUAGUUGAUCGUCUUCUUAGCUCAGUUAAUAUCUUGCUCGACUUGUGCCAUAUUGCUAUAUUGUAUUUACCAGUUGGUUUCUGACUAGCUAGGUGCUACUAUCUUCCCUUCUUUUCUGGUUGGAGAAUAAUUAAUCUAUAAGAUAGCGCUC